UUGUUCCUCUCUUUAGUAAUAUUUAUCAUCACGAAAAGAAUUUACCCCCCCCCCCCCCCCUUCCCCCUACACACAGGUGUAUAAAACCAUUUUCACCUCGUGGACGACUAUGAGUCAAGACCAAAGAUUUGUUUCGUUGACUUGUCAGUGAUUACAAUCAGUUUCGGAUAUUGUGUGGAUUGUUUUCGUGGAUGAUAUCUCUAAAAUCUAACUCCAUGUACAUCGAAACUAGCUGACAAUGUCCGGAAAGUUCUCAGCAGCCCUGCUCUUCGCCGUCUUGGUAGUGAGCCUCGGCAUCAUCAACUGCAGUCCUGCUAUCGCGUCCGGUUUCGACCCCCUAGAAGUGUGCAUAGAAAACUGCGCGCAGUGCAAAAAGAUGCUCGGUGACUGGUUCCAGGGCCCGCUCUGUGCAGAGACGUGCAUCAAGCUCAGAGGCAAAGUCAUCCCUGAGUGCGAGAACUUCGCUUCCAUAUCGCCUUUUAUUGUCAACAAAUUUUAACGUGAUUGGAAUCUUUUGGUCGAGUGUACGAUAUAAGACGGAUAAUUUUGGACACUGAAGAAUGGGCUGUUGAGUGUAGAUUUCUAAUAUUUUUCAACUUCACUAGCUAAGUAUCUUGCCGGUAGCAAUAGGAGAAAUUAAUCCUGUACCUACUAGUUACGCAAGUUAGGUCAGUUCGGUAGGUAUAGGUACAAUAUACAAUUUGAAACUAUGUAAUUAAUUUCAGUGACAAUGCAAUUAAACAACUGCUUCCUUGUAAAAGAAAUAACUAUUGUUCACAUUUUUUUAAAUCGAUUGUGCCAAUAUUUACAAUGCUGUUUAACUACCUAUUCUAAUCUAUGAAGCGGAUAUGUUGUAUCUUUAUAGUUUCAAACUGGCCUAACUUGGAUUUCUCUCUCUCUGUGUAUAAUGAAUUGAAGGGCUAGGGGGCAAACAAACAUUACUUUUUUACGCGAACAAGAGUAUUUAAAAAAGUCCAAUUAAAUGUAACGCAGAAAAUUACGCGGACCUCAAAGUGCUCAAAACCGGUAUUUAAAUUACUCCCUAAUGGGAGAUUACUGCCUGUAAUCCUGCAACAACCUUUAAAAUCACUUUUUGACGAUGAAAGUUUGGAGGGCACUAACUUCACCGGAUUUUCCAUUUUUUUUGAGUGGAAAAUGUUGGAAGAAAGAAAUUUAUUCAUCCCCAAGAAAAAGGGCUUAGUGGUUGCGUGAGCACUUACUGCCCCUUUCACACAUUUCCACAUAUAAUCCAUUAUCCGAAACCGAGAAAAUUUGUCAACUGACAACUCAUGUGCUUGUCGUGCACUCGACGAACCGACGAUGAACGAAUUGAAGAUAACCGACGAAGCCAAAGUAUUAGCUAUACUCAUUAGUACUUAAUUAUUAACUAAGGAUACUAUUUUUAUCGGUAGCUAUACACUUAUUUUUAAUUUUUAUACAGGGACAUAAUAAACAAUGAAUAUUCUA